AUGGAGACCCUGUUCCUGACCAUUGUGCUCGGUUUGGUCGCUGCCCUGCAGGCCCAGGACCCCCUGUCCUUCACCUCGGAGGAGCAGGAUCUCACAGGGACCUGGUACGUGAAGGCCAUAGUGACUGACAGGGACCUGCUGGAGGGGAAGAGGCCCAGCAAGGUGUCCCCUGUGACAGUGACAGCCCUGGAAGGUGGGGACUUGGAGACCACAUUCACCGUCAUGAAGGAGGGUCAGUGCCACCAGAAGAAAGUACUGAUGCAGAAAACCGAGGAGCCGGGCAAAUACAGCACCUAUGGGGGCCAGAAGCUCAUGUAUCUACAGGAGCUGCCAGUCAAGGACCACGACAUCUGGUACUGCGAAUGCCACCACCACGGGAAAGUGCGCCGCAUCGGAAAGCUCAUGGGUAGGAGUCCCGACGUGAACCCAGAGGCCCUGGAAGAGUUUAAGAAAUUCAUACGGCACAAGGGACUCCUGGAGGACAACAUUUUCAUACCCACGCAGAUGGCAGCCACCGUGGCUGCACCUCCGGAGCCCGCCCUGCGGCCGGACACAGAGCCCCACCCCCGCCUGGACCGGCCUCUGCCACAGCAGCAGCCCCGCCCCCACCUGACUCCAAAUAAAGAGCUUCAGCAGCAGCCCUGGGCUCGGCCUGUCUCUGAAGGGGACCUUGGUGUUGGCUCCCUGGAGAGCAGCCUGGGCAUGUGGCAGGACUGGAGGGAGGGGGGCUGUGCCUCCCUCCCUAGCCCCAGCAAGACAGAGCUGGCCUUGGCCCCGGCGAUCCCUGUCCCCAUGCUGAACUUCCCUGUGGUGGCUCCAGAGGCCAGGGCCUGUGCUGACGACACUGGGCUAUAG